AUGCCGGCCGGACAGGAUGCCGCGAGUAGGCGGGAUGUAGAAAUGCUGUUCGACGAAUUACCGGAACCGAUUGAUCUGGAAAUCGACACGGCAACGGAGACGUCGUAUUGGACUGACCGUGGGGAAUUUCCUCGCGGGAAUACGCUGAACAAGGCAGAUGUUUCCGGGGUCUUCAAGGCCGAGGAUCAGCGAGAAUAUACGAUUCUCGGACGGCAUUUGCAUGAAGCCAUCGGGUUGAAGAUCGAUGGGAGGAAUCAGCAGAUUUACGUUACGGAUCUGGGCGGGACGGUGUAUCGGUACGAGAGGGAUGGGACGGGAGUGGAGAAGUUGUUCGAUGGACAGGGGGAGUAUACCGGUAUUGCGCUCGCGCAUUUGGAUGCUGCGAGGGUGAGGGAGAUGUAUGGUAUCACGAUCUAA